UUUCCCCUACAGCGACCAUCGAUAGUACUGCAGAACUAUCAGUUAUUCUUGCACCUCUAGUGACGACAACAAACCAAGUGCUGUACAUCAAGAAGCGCAACACUAUGCCAUCGCGAACAAGUGCAGAUGCCGGCGGCGCCAAGGAACACAGUGCGCGGAGCACACUCAUCGGCCCGAGGAGCAAGCGAAUCGCCCUAAGCAGUCGAAAUCGCAGCCUAGCUGCUGCCGAAAAGAAAGCCGCAGCAUCUCAGUCGCAGCAGUCGUUCCCGCCAAAAUCGGAAUACGAGAAAUUCUACGAGACCGUCUUCCUGGCGGAGGAUUCGCAGCCGGAGGAAGAAAUAACACCAGAGCGUCGAAAGCCAGGACCGCGCAUGAGAAGUUCGCUCCAUGCACUGCUAGUCGACGAUGGACCCAAGGUGGGAGCACAGCGAGCCGGAAAGAUAAACGUCGCACAGAAAGUUGGCGUUGAGCCGGCGAACGGAGCCAAUAGCAUCUCUCCAUUGCCGAAAAAACAAGGGAAGGAGGAUAAAUUUGAGGACUACUACACGAAAACGGAGCGGCACGUUUGGAAAAAGGAUGCGGAGAAAAUGUUGUUGCAACUGUGGGCACAGCACUUGAACGAUUUUCGUGGCGAGUCCAAGAAUGUCCUUAUCUACCGGAAAAUGGCUAAGGAGAUGAGCCAGUUUGGACCCAGUCACACGGAGCUUAAAACCAAAAUGGACAAUUUGUCGCGAAAGUAUCGGAUAGAAGCUGAGAGAGUUCGGGAAACUGGAAUUCCAUCCAAGUGGGAACACUUCCAUAAGCUGCAAGCACUUCUGAUUGGCACGAAAGCAGUCGAUGUGUUUGAGGACAUCAUCGCCGAAAAUCCAGCUCAAGUUCUGUUCAGCGAUGGGGAGUAUGAGCAUGAAGAAUCGGCUUCAAUAAAAGACGAAGCUAUGGUCGACGACCAUGGGAAUAAAUUUGAAGAUGAAGUGGUUGCGAGCAAAGCCAUGAAAAGAACGCGAACUCCCUCACCCAUUGUUCCAGAAGUCCUCGAUGAUGAGGAGGUGGAGGAGCACCUAGAGGAUCUAUCCCCAUCGCCGAUUUCAAAAUAUCAGACUAAAAGAACGGAAUCGAGCAGCCAUUCGGACAGACUCCUUCAAAUAGAGGAGGAAAAACUGGCUAUCGAGCGAGAGAAGCUGCAGGUUAUGAAGGAGGCUCUGCUGGAGCUCAACGCAUUUCACAAAGAUAUCGUUUAUUUGCUUAAGCAUAAAAAUCAGUAAAUUAAAUAUUAAGUGUUAUAGAAAAUAGGAUUGCACUCUUGCAACAGAAUAUUAACUAAAUAUUUAAUGUAAUAUUGCGUCACUUCAAAGUAACCUAA